CCCUUCUGUCAUACUGGCAUAUUUAAAAUCCAUUCAAGUCUUUUAAAACAAAAUAUAUUUUUACAGAAGACCUCAUAACGAAAUUUCCGUUGCGAUCAGUGUAUAACCGUUACCAUGCACCGCUGGUUCUUUGCCAACGAACGGGAGGAGUGCGAUCCCAGUCUGAAUGAUGGACUCGAUGAGGAGAGCGAGUGUGCUGAGCAGCCAGAGGCACCGCCACCGGUGCCCACCACCGAGUGGCCCUUCACCGUGGUCUACCACCGCAAGCUCGGCGGCAAUGAGUACAUUGGCAUCUCCGGUAACUGCGAAUCGUUGGGCUUCUGGUCGCCCAAGGACGUGUUCAUCAUGGCCAAGCAGGAGUGCUCCAACUGCAUGUGCAAGUGCCACACAUACGAGGCUGUAUUGACCAUUCCGCGAAACAUUGACAUCCACUAUCGAUACUGCGUCGUGGUCUACGACCCGGUGGCCAAAGACUGCUACAUACGCUUCUGGGAAGCGCAGCUCAAGCCGCGGGUCAUCCGCACUUGUCAGAACCUGCUCAAGGACGUCGACUGCUUCGGUCAUCCACACGUUAAUGACGAACACAACCGCGUGGACCGCGGCUGGGUGUCCACUGAGUCCAUAGUGCAGUUGAAGUUCUUUAACGCUCCCUUCCAAUGGCAGCGCCAGAAGCCGCGGCUGCUCAAUGUCCAUGUGACGCCGAUGUACGAGGCGGACAUCGGCUGCAAAGAAGGCACCCUUCAAGCAGCAGUGAGAAAAACAUCAGUGCCGCGCCUCAGCCACUACCUGUCCAACCAUGAUUUCCAGAACUUAAGCCUUGAACUUCGAAUGGCCUACACUGAGGUGGCCAAUCUGCGCUCCACCAAGCCCCUGGAGUUCCAGCCCAUUUUCGGUGUGCCCUGUGGACCAAAGGACCUGCAGCUGUUCCACUGCACAGUGGCCUACCCGGAGGAGACGCUCUACCGACUGGACCUAUACACCUACGCCCACAAGGCUGCGUCGGAUGAGCCGCCGUAUCACUACGGCUACGGGUUCCUGCAGCCGAACCAGUUGCUGGGCAGCGAGGGCUCGGCCCAGGUGAAGAUAACCUGCGCCUCCACGCAUAGGCCACUGAUGGAGUUGACCGUGCAAUACCUGGUCAUCCGUCCGCUGCAGGGCUUCCAGUGCGACAUGAGCAAGAGCUACGAACGCUAUUGGCGCAAGAGCCGUUUGUGCAUGGACAUCGGUCACCGGGGAUCGGGCAAGACCUACCGGAACGGCGUCGACCUGUUUCGCGAGAAUACGAUUUACGGGUUCAAGCAAGCCGCCUUAUCCAAUGCUGACAUGGUAGAACUGGAUGUUCAACUCACCCAGGACGCCCAGGUGGUGGUAUACCACGACUUUGUCCUCCGCUUUCUACAGCAACGCACUCCCAGCUACGAGGAGCUGCUGGAGAACCAGGACCUGCUGGUCUUCUCCUACGAGAAGCUCAACAAGCUGAUGCUGCUCUGCAUGGGCGGCUCUAAGCGCAAGGACCAUGUCGCUGUGCCGCUGGAGGCCUUCACCUAUGAGCAGCUGAAGGAAGUGCGUGUCCUGCGCUUCGCCGGAAGCAAAAGUUGCGAGUUAUUCUGCGACGAGAUGCUUAAUGAUCAGCGGCCCUUUCCUCUGCUUCUAGAACUGUUUCAGUUAGAUAACGAGGCUAUGCCCUUGUCCGUGGGCUUCAACAUCGAAAUCAAAUGGCCACAGCUGGACAACUCGAGGCGCUGGGAGGCGGGCAGCUUCAAACCCACCUUUGAUCGCAACUUGUACGUGGACACAAUCCUUAAAGUUGUUCUGGAGAACGCCGGACGUAGGCGCAUCAUGUUCUCCUGCUCUGACGCGGACAUCUGUGCGAUGGUGCGCUACAAGCAGAACCUCUAUCCGGUGGUCCUGCUCUCCGCGGACCCGGGUACACCGGUCCAGUACGCCGAUGAGCGGGUCAGUCGACUGAAGACUGCCGUGCAGGUGUGCAACUCCCUGGAGUUCUUCGGGCUGAGCCUGCACACCAACACUGUGCUCGAGGACCUCUCGUUGAAGUCCUUGAUGCGCCCGUUUGAUCUGCAGGUGCUGGCCUGGGGCGGUACCGCCACCAGUGCGGAGGUGCGCAACCAACUGAGGCGUUUCGGCGUGGUGGGCAUCAUCUUUGACCGCAUCAACCAGCUGGACCAGAUGGGCGAGGAACUGCAGGGUGGGACAGUAUGCAUUAUCGACUCCAUGACCACGCGGCCGAUUAUCCGGGAAGUGGAAGUGGAGGAGUGGCGCCUAAAAUGCGGCUACAUGCGGGAGACCACUGUGGGGUAUCCCAACAAUCCUGAGGAAUAAAGAUUCCCAAGAUA